CGCAUUUCUCAAGAUCGAAGUUUAUCGAUUACAAGUCAGCUGUCUUAAUUUGAAGCGCCAUUUUUUUCAAUUUCAUUAUUCUGCAUCAAAUUUUAUAAACAAAUAAUAAUAACAACAAGGUAUAAACAGUAAAAAGGCAAAAUGGAACAAAAACAAAAGAGUAAAAGUAAAAAGGACUCGGAGGUGGCCACAGCCGUGACAGUGGAUCAGUCUAUGGAAGAAGACCAGGAGGAAACUGGAGGACCCCUAGAUGUGUCCAAGCUAUUGGGCGGUAACGUUAGUGCCAGGGAGAUUAAGCUCCUGCAACAGGCCAGUCUCCAUACAGUGGAAUCUGUGGCAUAUGCAACACGCAAACAGCUACUAAAUAUCAAGGGCCUGGGCGAAUCCAAGGUCGAUUAUAUCAUGUCUGAAGCUAGCAAAUUGGUGCCCAUGGGCUUCACAUCGGCUCGCACUUACCAUCAGAUGCGCUCCGAGGUUGUUAUGCUAACCACUGGGUCCAAGGAGUUGGAUAAGCUGCUUGGCGGGGGCAUAGAAACCGGUUCAAUUACGGAAAUCUUUGGCGAAUUCCGUUGCGGCAAGACCCAGUUGUGCCAUACAUUGGCUGUCACCUGCCAACUGCCCAUCAGCCAGAAUGGCGGGGAGGGCAAGUGCUUGUACAUCGACACGGAGGGCACAUUUCGACCGGAACGUCUGUCUGCCAUUGCGCAACGCUAUAAGAUGGAAGAACCUGAUGUUUUGGACAAUGUAGCCUAUGCUCGAGCCUAUAAUUCAGAUCAGCAGACGAAACUACUUCACAUGGCCGCCGGCAUGAUGUUUGAAUCAAGAUAUGCCAUCCUAAUUGUGGACAGUGCCAUGGCCUUGUAUCGUUCGGAAUAUGUUGGACGUGGCGAGUUGGCAGCUCGACAAAAUCAUUUGGGCCUGUUUUUGCGGAUGCUUCAACGUCUGGCCGAUGAGUUUGGUGUGGCAGUUGUAAUAACCAAUCAGGUAACUGCCUCGGUAGAUGGCGGAGCUGGUAUGUUUGUGGCAGAUGCCAAGAAGCCCAUCGGUGGUCAUAUCAUGGCACAUGCAUCCACUACCAGAUUAUAUUUGCGUAAAGGCAAAGGAGACUCGCGUAUAUGUAAAAUUUAUGAUUCACCCUGUUUGCCCGAAUCCGAGGCCAUUUUUGCUAUUCUAGGAGAUGGAAUCGGUGAUGCCCGAGAAAAGGAUUAGUUUGUAAUUUACAUAGGAUCACAGUUGAACUUACUUUAUAAGCAUUGGUUUGGUGUCAAAUAAAGAUACUUUAAAUACA